UAGCGCUUCGCUCUUGGCCUUGCGCAGCCUCACUCCGUGUCGACACCGCCCCGACGUGCAUUCGAGCUCCUCAUCCUGUCCUCGCGCUGAUGCUCAGCAGACGAGCCGUUCACGACACACACCCGCAAGACGAUUUGAGCGGCUAGCUUGCAAGCCGCCUCGUUCUUGAAGAGCUCGCAAGAAGAGCAGCAGGGAGGCGAGCAGCUUGUCGAUGGAAGGUUCAGCACGAGGUGCGAUGUGCGCAUGACGGCAGCGUCCUCGCGCCACCAGCGCCCGCCCUUGCAUGGUCGCUCGAGCGUCUAUAUAAUCACGAAUUCUCAAAUGCCCUCGAGUCGCGACACAGCUUCCCCCCAACCUUCAUACACAGACGAACACAUCCUGCAGCGAACAUCGCAACACAGUCAAAAGAAGCUUUCCCAAGCAUCAGCUAUUCAGCUUUACAGUCUUACAAAAUUUCAAGAGAAGCCCACGCACCCCCUCAACAUGUCUCAGCGCACCUUCUGUUGUUGUCUGCCCACAAGGCUCGCCGUGCUACUCCUUUCGCCGGUGACACUAGUCGCUUCCGCCUUUUUGGCGGCGGUGGAAUGGUACUUCUUGCAUCAAAUCGCCAAGGACCCUGACAGCCCGCUGAAUGUCAAGAUCGCAACUGUUCUGCUGGGUGGUAUCAUGAGCGUCCUGGCGCUAGCUUCUUUCUUUGGUCUCAUAGGCUCGAUCGCAGCGAAGCACGGAGCGGUCGCUUUCUACUCAGGCACUCUAUGGUUCUGCUGGUCAUUCGCGACUGUCAUUGGCAUCUUCAACCUCGUCAUCACCUACAUCCAUGGCAAGGACAGCUUCACGAAGCAGUGCACCGAUCCUGCUACAGGAAUCACAGACGCCGGCCUCAGCGCUGACGAUGUCAUAAAGGUGUGCCAAAGCACAUUCAAUGUGGUCUACGGCAUUGCUUGCGGAGUAUUCGCCGUUGUCGUCCUCAUUACCCUCUAUCUUGCCGUCAUCGUUGGUCGGUACAGGCAACAGCUCGCAGAGCGCAAAGAGUUCAAGUACUUGCACAACCGCAACGCCUCUCACUCCAGUGUGCCGUUAACAGCCGAGGCUGGUUACGGCGCAGGCCCCUACAAUCCUCCGAUGCAGGCUUCGUACGCGUAUGGCAAGUACUAGGAAUGCCAGUAACUAGCGCUGGACGCGUCACUGCCAUCUCUCGUGCACCAAGACCAUCCUCAGGAAUGGCGAUAUACCCUUUGCAGGAGACCUUGAUCGAGUCUCUCGGUCCAUCCCUUCUAUCUGCGACAAGCAUUGAUGGCCGCCAUCACCUCGCUGUUGUCAAAUGAAAUCACUUCGUGUACUAUAGAACAAGCACGACCUCGCUUCGCACUCACAAUCUGAAGAAGUCGAGUUGCACCAGAUUAGCUUUGGACUCCUGGCAUGAAUCUCGA